AUGAGUCAGAGUCUUGCUGUGUGCUAUGUGUGUCAGCAGCCAGCGGCGAGUGCCUGUCCGUGUCUGCAGCGCAGUUACUGUUCGACUAAAUGCCAGCGUGAUGAUUGGUACGCUGGACACGACCUGGAUUGCUCGCAAGAAGAUGAAGACGAGGAUGAGUAUGACUCUGUGGAGGCGUUAGGGCCAGCUGCCACAGACGAAGGUAACGACAGUGCGCCGCAAACACACGCCACCCCCACCCAGGAUGCAUCUGCCUCCGAUGUUCCAGUGGACAGUGCACCUGCCCAGUCCGACAGUACCAGUCCAAUAAUCCGAGGCAGAGGUGCAGCGAUCGAGCCCAUGACGGAGAAUGACCUAGCAUAUUCGCCUGCUGUAGAUGUCGAGAUGGGUGCAAGUACUGCUCGCAAACGAGUGCGAUCGAGUCCUUCCAAUGCGUCUGCGGAUGAGGAUUGUGUGGUGCAUGGGGAUGGGUCACCGCUCCAGCGAGAUAGUAGGGGCCUCCAGUUCAAUUACUACAUGCCAAACGAGGUGAAGAGGGCAAGGGAGUCGUCCGCCUCUCUCAGUGAGUGUAGCACGUCGUGUGGACCUGAUACAGUAUCUGCGCCUAAGGCAGUAGUACCAGAGGUUGUGCAAGGGCAGGACAAAUGGGCAGGUGAUGGUAGUGCGCAUGUGAAAGGUAGCGAACAGCCUAUGGGUACGCCUCGAAGGAAUAGCAAGGACUUAAAGUUUAAUUACUUUAUGCCAAACGAGGUGAAGAGGGCGAGGAAGUCGUCCGCCUCUCUCAGUGAAUAUAACACAUCAUAUGGGCCGGAUACAGUACCUGCGCCUCAGCCGAUAGUACCGGAGAAUGCACAAGGACAGAACAAAUCAAACGGCAGUGGUCUUACGAAUGUGAUAGGUCGCCAGCAGCCUACACCUAUAGCUAGCACUCUGUGGCUGGACACCGUUCUUUCGUAUGUGCUGGCUUAUACCCACCGUUAUACCCACCGGGGUCCACCGCCUGGUACGUAUAGCCGUGUUGCAGCACCACACACCAAGGAUGGGAACUCAUGCACUUCGAAUGAUCUCAUUCACAACGAUAGCAAUAGGCAGAUAGUCACGGAUGGCAGCUAUGUUGACACGCAUGUUUAUGACACCUUCCGUAGCGCUAUGCCGUAUCCGAGCGCCAGUGGAGUGACAGAUACAAAUGCGACGGAUAGCUCUAACACUCACCUCACAACACAGACCGUAACACAUGUGGUGGAAGAGACGGCGCUUGUGAAGGAAGCCACUCUGUCGAGCACCUGUUCCGAUCUAGCCACACAACUGCUGAAUGAGACGAAUGUGUUCCAUCCUGUGGACACACAGGACGGUCCCUUCACAGCCCACAAGCCCAAGCACCUGUCCCUCUCGAACGGACAGGGCCACAGAAAUUGUACCGGCAGUGAGCUGACCCAUACGAAUCUGGAUGGGACCGUUUGUGUCCAGAACACACACGACGGACCGGAGUGCCUAUCGUCGAGAGCGCUUCAGGCGGCCCUCGACCCACACCAGGUGUGCUUUGGGGAAGGCAAGCACUGUGUGGUGGAAGAUGCUGGCGAUGCUGUGGGGAUGAGUCCUGGACUCCCCAUUGAUGCCGCCCGAGAUACAACCACGCCCGUUACACCAACAGCGCAGUCUGCUAUAACCCCAAAGGCCAUUGGGCAAGCAAGCAGCACGGCCGAGACGGACAAUCGAAUUCAUGUACAGGGAAAUAUAGACGCUAACGGCCCAGUACAUGACUUGCACACGCACUCCAAUGUACCUCCGGGACCGCUGCACACACCCGUGUCUACUCGACUGAGCGGAGUGUACCCGAAUGCGAAUGGGUCUGUAGGGCUCCACACAACGGCCGGUACCGCACCAGCCCAGACCAAUGCGAACCCGUGGAUAGGCAGUCUAGGAACACCCACCCACGUGCUUAACAGGCAAGUGCAUGCACACGCAUUUGGUGGUGCUAGGGGAAACACAUCGUCAUUGCACCAGGGCCGAGACGCGCGGCAGUUUCAGUUUACUGCAGCCGCGGGGGCUGGGGCUGGCAGUGCUUUCACGGGUGGAGCUGAGCGCCCGCGUGGACUCCGCCAAGGGACGAUAUACAACGGUGUGGGUGCCAAUACGAGCCAACCAAUGUAUACCCCCAAUGGGGACCAUCACACGAACGCAUUCGCGCACAAUAGCUAUAGCUCGACUACCGCGACAAUGCAGCCAGUGACAAACACAUCACGGAUUGGUCAGGCAUUCCCGUCCGUAGCGAAUCGGGACAACCCGCAUAUACGCGGCUUCCGAGAUAGCACUGGUCGUAUACAUGUGUAUGAUGGCAAUCAGUGUAUAGGUGUAACCGGAUCAGCCGGGGCAUCUGGUGCGCAAACAUUUUUAUAUAACAAUACCGCGAGUAGCCAUAAUCCUGCUAUGAGGGUAAGUGCGGAAUACAUGCGACAGUCGGACUACUCAACUGUAUUCGUACGCCUCAGCCAAGGGAUGCAGGCUACCAACGUAGAGAUGGAGGCUAUCAACCAGGCUAUCAACGCAGCAACAGCAAACAGAGCUGUGAAUAAGACUCAAGGGUCUGGAGAGACAGACGGAUUCAGUAAGAUAACAGGCCAAUGGCAAGCACCAUCCACAGGAGUGAGUGACAUGCACAGGCGAGGUACUACACAGCCCAGUGGGGUUAGUAGGAUUAAUAGUACACAAUCCAAUGGAGUGAAUGUGACUGAUAGUACACAAUCCAAUGGAAUGAAUGUGGGUGAUAGUACACAAUCCAAUGGAGUGAAUGUGACUGAUAGUGCACAAUCCAUUGGGGUGAAUGUUAUUGAUAGCACACAAUCCAAUGGAGUGAAUGUUAUUGAUAGCACACAAUCCAAUGGAGUAAUUAGGAUUAGAGGGCAUCAGCCGGAACGGCCCAACCAACAGAAUAGCCGACGCAUGGAUGUGGAAUCCAUUUUGAAGGUGUUGGACUUGAAUAAAAGACGUCUAAACGUGGACGCACAAGAUCACAACCUACAAAGCACGCUGACGGUAGAUAACGGAUCCAUCCCACCGCACCGUGUGUGUAUAGAUCUGACCGUCUCAAUAGAUGAACCCAAUGCAACCGAUGAGACCAUUUCCCCAGCCCAAGAGUCAAGCGAACCCCUUGGCGUCAACAGUGGUGUUGAGCCGCAAAGUGUGGGAGCACACACCGCUGAGGAGCCUUUAAGCAUGAAAGUACACACCGCUGAAGAGCCUUUAAGCAUGAAAGUACACACCGCUGAAGAGCCUUUAAGCAUGAAAGUACACGCCGCUGAAGAGCCUUUAAGAAUGAAAGUACACACCGCUAAGUAUGAGCGCGAUGCAGAGCCUUCGUCUCCCGCGAGACCGCGCACGCCACACAGUGACGACGCCAAGGCAGAGCAGAAAAGCAGUGCAACGGUGGCUGUUAGUGGCAGUGAGUUAGCUACUACUAUAGGCAGUGGGGUGUUACCCACUGCUAAGGCCAGCGGCGCCUUAGCUGUUGAGCCGGAAGGCACGGCCUGUGUAUACCAUGGCUGUGAAGUGACGAUGGUUGGCAGCCAGGCACGUAGGCAGCACGAGCAGACCGCACACGGCUACAAGCCGUCUGUUGGUCUACCAUACGCGUGUGGGCUGUACAACUGCACCAAACGAUCAACCACGCUUAGAGCCAGAAACAGCCAUGCAAGACACUGCGAACGACGCCACAAGUACUGUUGUAGUUGGGUCGGGUGUGGGUCUCGGUUUGCCUCAGACUACGCGCUGAACGUGCAUUACAGAUCGCACACGGGCGAGAAGCCCUUUGAGUGCAAAUACGCCGGGUGUGGGGAGACCUUUAUGGACGUGACUGCGUGUGGCACACACCAGGCCGACCACUGCCAGUUCAAUCCGACACUCAAAGGAACGGAUCACCGACUACCACUAAAGAAGUCGCAAUCAGUCACUGGUUCGAAGAAGUCAAACCCCACCAGCCUCAGGAGAUGCUCAUCCGCUUGGAAAGAGUGGCAACCACCAGCCACCUACGAAUCAACGCAUGCAGCUGCUACACGCACAGACACGGCGGGCAGCGGGUCAGGCAGCGAGAACUCGAGUGACGCGCCCAUUGGGAGGCCCCACUCGAGAACUCUGGGUAGUAGACAGCCAAGCACACUCUCAAAGGUAAGUAAGAAGAUGUACCUGUGUACUUAUAGUGGCUGUGAUGAACAGUUUGCGCAGGAAGAGCGACAGCAGCGACACACACUCACCCAUAUAUGUGCGUGGAAUGGCUGCUACAAAACGUUUUUGGACCCGAAAGAUUGUAUUGCGCACUUCUGGCUGCACAACUGUUGAAAGCGCGCGAGGCACUUGGUGGUGCAACAUGGUACAAGACGCCUCUCAAUAAAUUUA